AACUAAUUUGGAUAAAAAGAGAUAAGAAUAAAUGGUCAGACCUUAUGACAAGAAUAGGAUUACAAGAAAAACAAAAGAUAGAAAACAAACAAAUUGAAAGAAUCAUUAAUAAAGAAAAACUUGAAUUAAGUCAAGUAGAAGGAAAGAAAAUUAUUAAACAAAAUAAUAGGAUGAAUAAUCAAACAAGAAAAAAUAAGAAACGAAAGAAAGAAGAUAACCAGAUGAAUAAUCAGCCAUCAAAGAAAAAGAAAAAGAUUACUAAUCCAAAAAAGAAAGAAUAA